GGGAAAGCCGGUAGAGUCCAGGUGGACUAGUCCUGAAUGCAAGGGCUGUUUUCCGUUAUCAGCAUUAAAACGAGUCUUUAGAUAACAGCGCAAUUGUGGAUCAUGUGUUACUGAUUCCUUUCAAUACGUUUCUUCCAGUGGAAUCCCAUUGAAUACGUCAUCAAAUUGAUACAGUUCUGUUGUGUGUGAGGAUUGAUUUUUGGCUCGUCUGUUGUAUGCAUAUUACUCGGAGCCGUUGGUAAUAGGAUACCGCAGUGUUUUCAUAAUUUUCAUCAAUGACUGUCGUGAAAUUCUCUUUUGCACUGUGUGACGUCUGUGGUUGAACGACUAGUGAGUGGUGUUUACAAUCUGGAUAACAUGUCAAGGGCUCCGGUGGAGAGCAGGAUCCCAGUGUUCUGCCAGGCUGGAGGCGGUGGAAUCGUGGUCGGGGGCGGUGGCAGUGUGAAGGCGGCAGCCACACGGCUGUCUCGACCGCUAGCCACCCUGUCGAACAAGGUGCGAGCCCACUUGGGGGGCGGCCAGCCACCCCCCACUGCCGCCUCCAACGAUGUGUCAUCGCAGCAGCAGCCGGCGCCGCCUCCUGUUUCGUCUGCCUCCUGUCGACGCUCAGAGCUGUCGCUCACAGAACUCACGCAGCAACAGGAGUGGUUAUUCAGGAAAACGGCACUGCAAGACGACACUCCAACGAUGUCAGGAGCCAGCAAACACAGCUCGUUCGAACUGGACGAGAGCCUGGGCAUCCUGACGCCUGACCAGAUGGCAGAGUCGCCGCUCUGCGAGGAGAUGCCCUCGUUACUGCUGAUGAGCGCCGAUUGCUACCAGGAGCAGGAUCACGACCAGGAGGGCUACCAGGGUGACUGCUACCAGGAGCAGGAGCAGGACCAGGACCGCUACCAGGAGGGCUACCAGGGCGACGGCGAAUGCAGCCGGCCGGCCAGCCCUGGUAGCAAGCCCAACCCCAUGACUGAUUCAGACUUCUUCACAGAGAGCGAUGCUGACAUGCAUGAGGAGCUGCAGUCUGCGCUCAGUGGCGACAGGAAAGCUCAGGUAAUAGACGGGCGACUGUACCAACAGGCGCGCUGCCCGAGCUUCCUGGCAGCAGAGGAGAUGGACUCGAGCGGCGUCUACUCGGACACGGACAGGACGCCGCGUGCCGAACGGGAGGAGUUCUCCCCGGCCAAACUGUCCAGCAUGAUCAUGGAGCAGGUGAACACAAUCAAGAACCUGGUGGUGUCGGUGCCCAUGGAGGACGAGGAUGACACUGCCAGUGGUGAGGGGGAGGCCAUGCAGCAGGAGGCGGUCGUCGAUCGGGAGGCGAUGUCCGAGACCAAGGAGGACACCCAGCCGCAGCACCAGGAGGCCGAGAAGAGGAUUGAGCACAAGGAGGUCAAGAGUCCGGUCACGCAACAAAGCCGGACACCAUCACGAGAAGAAGACACAUCGGCGCCAGCGUUGAAGAAGCACAAGAUGCCGAAACGCAACGUGGUGUCGAAGAUCAAGACGAUGAUCUCCUCGUCGACGACGUCGUCAGGGGCCGGAAAGGGGCCGGGGGCGGGUACGGGGACGGAGGAACGACGCAAGAGAGGCGGCGGCUGCAGUCGAUGGGACGCCGUCAUGAACAAGAUCGCCCAGGGGCAGGCGGAGGCGGGUCAGAGACCCAGUCUCAAGCAGGUCAAGUCCAGGGUGUUCGCCGGCCUACAAGUGCCGCCUCCACCGCCCCCGCAGCGCAAGGCUAUUGCCGCCUCUCAGCAGACUCCUCUCAAAGCUAAGAGCAGACGUACGCGAACAAGAGGCUCGGAGUGUUCGCUGCAGACUCCCACAAACGGAAAAUCGCACAACAGCUCUCGCAACAGCUCAAUCAGUGAUCUCAGCAAGGCCUCGCCUCAUUCAGUUCGCUCGAAGAAAAGAGAAUCGGGUGGUCGAUCACGCAGCCCCCAAAGCGACAAUUCAACCCUGUCGACUGCAGCCCAAUCGCGACGCCCAUCCACUCUGCCUACUACGCCACCCCAGAGAAAUGGCAAUGGUCCAGCAUCAGGAGUGGAUGUCAAGUCAUCGAACGUUAGAAAAUCUACUUCGAAACGAUCGCUGAACUCUACCACCUCCAAACAACAACCACUUCGUGACCAAAAUAGGGUGUCAGGAGGAGGCAAGACCCCGGAGCCCUCCUCAGCGCCUGUGGUCUCCACCUCAUCGCCUCAUGACCUGCCUUCUCCUCUGGACCUCUCCUCCUCACAGUCACCAUCUCACGAGGCGCUGCUCCCUCACCUGCAACAUGCUAGUGCCGGCUUCGAAGCUCUGGGAGUUCUCGUCAAUUACUUAGUCCACAAUCUGGAUGCAUUCUCAACGCCCCAACUGAAGAGUGACCUUGAAAAGAUGAAAAGUGAUUGGCUGAAAACAAAACUUGAAUUAGAGGAAACAGAGGUGAGCUGCAGCCGACUGCAAGAUGAGCUGAUGCAGCAGAAGAAGAGUCAAGAAGAGCUGGUCAGCCAACACAUGCAUCAGCUGGCAUCGCAUCAGACACAGCAGCAAAUGCAAAUAGCUGAGAUUGUGAGGAAUCAUGAAGAAUCUUUGUCAGAGAUGGAGAAGAGACUACAAGAACAGGCGAAAGUGUUGCGCGCGCAGUACGACGAGGAGCUAGACCACUGCAGGGAGACACACAGAUGCGAGCUGGCAACGUUGCAGCAGAGUGCAGGUGAGCAGCUGCAGCGGGUGCAGUCAGCAGCCAAUCAGCGCGAGGCUGAGUUGGUGCAGCGGCUGACUGCAAUCGAGGCAGAGCACGCUGACCUGAAGGACCAGUCCCGUCGAUUUAUGGAGUCCAUGCAUAUGGACAAGGAUACCAAGCUCCAGGUGACAGCCAACCGAUGUAAAGAGCUGCAGGAUGAGGUGGAGUCGUUACGUACAGUAUUAGAGCUGCGAAGCUCCGAGCUGCAAGAGCUGAGAAAGCAGAACGAGAUCCUGCAGGUGGAUGCAGAGUUGCUGCCGCCCACCAUGCAGAAGCUGAUGACCGCUCAGGCCAGGGUUGAGGACUUGCAAGUCCAGCUCGAACGGAGGACCAACGCUGAAAAACAACUAAUCCAAGAAAAUCGUUUACUAAUUGAGUCCGUUCAUCAAGAAAGUAAACAGAAGAAGAGGCUGUCUCAGCAUAAUGAAGAACUUCAGUGGAAGUUGAAACAGAACUCAGAAGUUGUGAAUGCUCUAGUUACUGAUCUCUCUUCGAAAAGCAGCGCGAUGCAAGCUUUCACACCUCAAGCAACUGGAACACCAAAACGAAACACAGCUGAAAUGCUUGAAUUUUUUAUGUCUAGGAAUAGUAUGCAGCAAAACAACGAGCAGUCAAUAGUUGUGACGGACUGUUCGCCGCCGCAGUCGCCGAAAGUGAAGGGCGUGAUCGAGAAGAGCGACUCAGUGUCGUGGGUGCUCGAGAUGGACGAAAGUCCCGAGCACGUGGUGAACCGGUUGGUGCGGCGAGCACACAGCUUCCGGCAGACCGGAUCCGGUUCGCCCUCGCCCUCACCCGCACACCACACCCUGCCCAACCCCCACAAGAGGCAGCGCAGUCGCAUGUCGCAGUCGCUGUCCGCCUCCUCCUCCUCCCUCAAGGGCAAGAAGCCUGCUCGCACGAGGUCCUUCUCGGCCGACUCUGACGGAUCAGACGUGGCCCGCAAGUGGGACGACUGCGACGAGGGAAAAAGCUAUUCACCGAUUGACCGCAGCGAUGACAACGACGACUUAAUCGUUGUCGAGAGUGUUGGCGACGACAUGCUCAGUUUCAUUGAGCUCGAGUCGAAAAACUCUGUUCAAAAUGAAAGGAUGAUCACUGGAGAGAUCUGUUCGUCGGAUUCAGAAGGCUCCAUCAGGAGUCGACGACUGGAGGCCAGGGAUGAUCUGCUGCUUAUCAAUAGGGAUGAUGGCUUGAGAGAGCGGGGCAUCCUUCCUAAAGAUGCCGGUGGUGAAGCCAUGAUAUCCGAAGAAACCUCUGAUGAUGAGGAGGAUGAAGAAGAAUCGAGAGAUUCAGACGUUGAAGGUUCUGGCUCGUUAUCUGGCGAUGAGGGUAGUUUCUCAGGUAGUAAUUCCGAGUUUGCUGAUGGAUUGUGUGAGCGUAAAAUCAAAACAGAUUUGAGACAGGUAUCGAAGCCUGUAAAAAAGCUUUCUCAACUUUCUUCGGAUGCAUUGACAAUGUCUGGCAUGGACAUUGUCAAUUGGACCGAAGAGGCAGCACUGCCGAAAGCACUUCAAUCUGAAGGCUGACCUUGGAGUUAUUAUCUUCGCCAUAAACGCGACUGGCACUUUUGAAUUUGCGGCUUGCUCUUUCAACUGUCAACGCUUGAAAAUGAUCAGCUGCAUUUCGCAACAAACAUCACAAACACUUGGAAAUAUUGUAAAAUAUGUGUAUACGUGUACUGAUUGUAGCUUGAAAAAAUCUUUGCGGUUAAUAUUUUGAAAAAAAAAAACUACUGCGAUGGAUUUGAGUGCUGAAAUCCAUCGUUUCUAGUCUUCUUGUUCAAGAGAAACGAAACUUAUGAAAUCAAAUGCAUUACUCUGUAUAAUGUCAUUAUAUGCCCCAUCUUAACAAUGGAAUUGUGUAUGGCUGGCUUGAAUUAGUGUGUUUCUACUAUACUCAACACGCCCUGCUUCUAUUCAUUAUCUUAUCUACUGAAAGAAAGGGAUCAAUUUCUAUUUUUCAUUUACAAAAAAUAUAAUUUUUAAAAUAGAAGGCAUUCUUUGUUGAAAUUAAAUUUAUGAAGCGCACUUGUUAGUUUAGAUCACGUACAAUAAAUUUUAAAGAUGGUUAUUUUAAAAUCGUUUUAAAUUUUCUUCGUUGACUAACAAUAAGAAAAUUAGAAAUUUUGCAUAUAAAUCGAAAAUUAUUAUCUGAUACUCGUACAAUAUAUGAACUUUGUGGAUUUUGGACAUUAUUAUACCAUUCUUAUAGAUGAAUAUUAUACAGGAAUUAAUAGAUUAGCUUGAAUAAAAACUGAUAAAUGGAAUGAUGUGACUUUGAUUAUAUUUUUGAGUGUGGGUUUGUAUUUCGAGGAUUAUACCUAUUAUUAUAAUGUCACAGGUAUAAAGGAAACGGAGAUAAGGCUGUGGUUAGACUAGAUAAAUAUGGCAACUGCAUUAAGAUGAAUUAUUGUAAAUAAAUAAACCAUGGAAGGGUUAACGGCAAAAAUAUUUCUUUGAUUGGAGAUUUACUUCUUACGAAGAGCUGUCUGAAAAAUUACAUUUUCACGAAUGAUGUGUAAAAACUUUUGCGUUCACAUUUAUUAGUGCUUACACACAUGGGAAGAAUUUGAUAGAGAAAUUAUUUGUUAUGUUUAUUAUGUUAAUGUAUGUUAUUUUCUUGUAUAUUCUCAAAUUCAACCCAUUAUUCAUUGAUUCAUGUUCUCAAGACUUACAAUUUACCGCUAAAAGUGAUUUACCUAUGAAAAUAUCAUAAAUAUCUUCUUCUAUUACUGUACAAAAUUAUGUAACCGCUCUUGAAUAAUCUAAGGAAAUUCUCAAGGAAGACACUACUCCCUGGAACCAGUAACUCAAAAUUUGAUAGAGUGACUUUAGUUUUUUAAUAGAAUUUGAUACCUAUUAUUAUAAUUUCUUGAUCAACAUUGAUUUGCAGAAGCCUAUUUCAAUUCAUUUGCUGUUCGUAUUUGAACAGAUUUAAUGACUAUACCAAAGACUCUACAUGAAUUAACAAAUUUCAUAUUAAGGUACUUAUAAUUGAGCGAUAUGGAAUGAGCAAUUAAUUGUCCAAUGAAUAAAGUUUUACUUAAUGAUCGAAUCAAUUCAGUUAGUUUUUUACAACUUUCGAGUGGGAAAUCUAUUAUUUUUGAGAGAUGUAUUCAUUUUUAAGCUAACCAUAUUACUCUAAGUACAGAAAAUUGACUAUGGAUUUUGAAUAUUAUUAUUUCAUUUUGUCAGUUUUUAAUUACUUGAAAAGAAUGCAACUUUUCAUUUCUGAUAAUAAUUAUUAUGAUGAGUAAAUGCGAUUUGAUUGAAUGAAUGAGACACUCAGCUUUGCUACGCAAUUUACAUUCUUGGCAAUACAACUUUACAAUAAAAAAUAAUGAUAAUAAUCAAUGAAUGUUGAAGAUGAUAAAAUAUUUUUGCAACAUUUACGCAUAGUUGGUCAAAUACUAUUGCAUUGCCAUAUAUAAACGUUGCACAGUACUCUUGUCUAUAAAUAUCGAUAUCAAAUCAAUUGAGUAAAAGAAUGCUAUUCUACCGUAUUGAUAAUGUUGAUAAAUGAUGUAUGGUAGUGAAACCGGAACAGGCAAACUUUGUUAUAUGAAUGUGAUUAUGUAAUUACUGUAAUAAUUCAAUUUAUAAUCGUUUCUCUUUUGUAAUCUAAAAAUUAAUGUUUGUUUUCUCUACAGAAAUCUAUAAAAAUAUUACAUACAUUACUAUUAGAAAUUAGAUGUCGAAGAUGAAUUGUAACUGUGCUGAAUGAAUAAAAUACAGUUAACGUUGUCAUCAAAA